AUGCCUGAGACAGUCCGCGCUGCUGCGCAUAGAGAGGGGGGCCCACCGCAGAGCAGCAGCAGCCGCUUCCUUGCGGCGUCAGCAGCACCGCGACUAGCAGCAGCAGCAGCAGCAGCAGCAGUAGGAGAAGCAGCAGCAGCAGCAGAUGUAGCGCCUGCUGCAGCAGCAGCAGCAAGGAGAGAACCAGCAGAAACACAAUGCCUGAGACAGUCAGCACUGCUGCGCAUAGAGAGGGGGGCCCACAGAGGGUUUGGGGCCCCGGGGGCCCCGGGGCCCCAGGAGCGAGCUGUGUAUGCUGCAGCAGAAGCAGCAGAAGCAGCAGGGAUUGCAGCAGCAGUAGCAGCAGUAAGACAAGCACAGGCAUCAGCUGCAGCGCCAGCAGCAACUGCAGCAGCAACUGCAGCAGCAGCAGAACAGAUGCAAAUGCUGCACACAUCUGCUGCAGCAGGGGGCCCCCUAGCUGGCUGCGACCGCCAGCCACUGAGGCGCUCUAUAGGGCCCCUCAAGUGGGGCCCCCCAGCAGCAGCAGCAGCAGCAGCAGCAGCAGCAGCAGGAACAGAAGCAGCAGCAGCAGCAGCACAAACUGCUGCAACAGAAAUGGGAAUACCCCUAGCCUCCCCGUCAGCUCUACAGGACGGCCUCUGCGCCGCACCAGCAGCAGAAGCAGCAGCAGCAGCAGCAGCAGCAGCAGCAACAGCAGCAGCAGCAGCAGCAGCAGGUAGGACACUGCCGUCUACAGCAGCAACAGAAGCAGCACGAUUCGCGACACCAGGGGCCCCUGCAGCUCCGCCGCUGCUGCGGGAGGGGCCCCUGAUCAAGCGUAUGGAUCCCAGCAGCAGCAGCAGCAGCAGCAGCAGCAGCAGCAGCAGCAGCAGCAGCAGCAGCAGACUUCUUCACCUGGGUGGAGACACUGCAGCAGGAGCAGCUUCUCCCCGAUGGCGUCUUUGUGUCGGCCCCUUAGCAGCAGAGCAGCGGUAUUCUACAGAAAGCCAGCAGCAGCAGCAGCAGCAGCAGCAACACCAGCAGCAGCAGCAGCAGCAGCAGCAGCAGCAGCAGCCGCGGUGGGGAGCUCUGGGGCACGGGUCUGUCUCUCUGAAGGGGCCCCUGCCGCUGGCGUUGCCUCAGGUAGACGGGGGGGGCCCCCCUCCUGCUGCUGCAGGGGGCCCCCCUCCUGCUGCUGCAGGGGGCCCCAUAGCUGGGGGCCCCCUAAGGCAUGCAGCUCUAAGCCCCACAGCAGCUGCUAAAGGCACUGCAGCAGCAGCAGCAGCAGCAGCAGCAGCAGCAGGAUACACGGGGCAGCAGCAGCAGCGCCUGCAGCAUAUAAGUGGGGGCACUGCUCUUGCACACCUUAAGGAUAUGAAAAGCACCGCGCUGCAACAGCAGCAGCAGCAGCAGCAGCUGCUGCAGCAGCAGCAGCAGCAGCAGCAGCUGCUGCUGCAGGGCCCUAUAAGAAUAGCAGCAGAAGGCGAGUUCAAGCCUGUCUCCCCCGAGUGUACAUGGAGCCUGCAUGUGCCGUCUGCGUGCCGCUGCAGCUGUCUAGACACCCACAGCAACAGCAGCAGCAGCAGCAACAGCAGCAGCAGCAGCAGCAGCAAAGUUCGUAUGGCGCGAGGCCCCGAUGGCUCGCUGCUGCUGGAGUUGCGGCGCUGCAGCAGAUGCGGCGGCUUCCCCUUGGCUUCCUUUGACUAUGGAGCAGCAGCAGCUAGCCACAUAUAA